UGAAAUACGAGCUUGCUACCCUGUUGGACGGGUCAGGCCAGCUGGGUGCGGCUACUGCUGCAUAUCAAAACGUUUCCCUACGUGUGGAGCUGCUUACACGCGUGUUUUGCCGACAGAAACCUGAAGCAGGGCCUGCUUUCUUCUUGCGCUGCACUGUUGGCUUUCGAGAGAAAUUUAUCACAUUAAAAAAAUGAUUGAGUCAGUCAGAUUAAGAAGACAGUGCAUGCUGGAUUUCUACUCACAUUAUGAACAUCUUUGUGAACUUCAAGGCUCCCUCCCACUGAAAACUGUGAAGGCUAGCAUGACUCGUGAUGCUGUUGAUCUAAUUGUAGAUCACAUCAAAGCUACUGAUUGGGCACCGCUUCUGAAUGCUCUCAGGCAUAAUAAGACUCUGACUUCUAUCAGAGUAAGAAGUUUACAUCAACAUGGUCUUGAAGAAUCAGGUGUGGAAAGACAUAAAACUUACUUUAGAAGGAAAAUUCCAGCAACUCUGCCAAAAGACUUGACUGGCCAACUAUGCAAAGCUGUGAAAGGCUGUCUCAGUAUAUCAGAUGUACUAAAAAAUUUAGAACUGCAAGGUUUGCUUCUGAGGGAAAGAGACCUAGCACUUUUAACAAAGGGCUUGGCCGCAGCUUCGUCUCUGGAGAGUGUCUCUUUAGCCCACUGUCCAAUUGGAGAUGGAGGGUUGGAAACAAUCUGUCAGAGUAUAAAGAAUACAGCUACUAUCAGAUUUGUAAACUUCACAGCAUGUAGCCUCACGUGGCGGGGGGCAGAACAUAUAGCAAAUGUAUUAAAGCACCAGGCAAUAAGAAGACAUGGUGAAGCUUGGGCUGAAAGCCUACGUUACAGGAGACCUGACCUUGAAAAUAUGACAGGUUUGAGGCGGAUUACUUUCAACUGCAACAUGCUUGUUGGAGAUAGAGGAGCGAGUGCCUUUGCAGACUGUUUAGGAGAGGACCUUUGGCUAAAAGCACUUGAUUUGCAGCAGUGUGGAAUAUCCAAUGAGGGAGCAAGGUCAUUAUUAGAUGCUCUUCAAACUAAUACAACAUUAGUGGUACUUGACAUAAGAAAAAAUCCAUUAAUUGGUCAUGUUCUGAUGAAAAACAUUAUUGAAAGAGUUCUUAAGAAUGGAAAGAGUGCUGAUUCAGAGUUUAAGUGGAUGCUGUCUCCGUCUUCCAAAGAUUCUUUGAAAACUAAGCCAAAGAAAAGAACUAUUGUCCUGGGAAGUGGUCGGAAAGGAAAAGCUACUAUACGUAUUGUUAUCUGGAAGCAGAGAGGGUUAUCAUCUAAAAAAUCUGUAAGUCCUGGGAAAAAAAAUACCACUGUGAGUGAGAGUUACUCACCAAAACCACUACCACCAGGCACAAGAGGCUUCCUUCCUUGGCGGACUGCAGAACGUGCAAAGAGAUGCAGAGGCAAGGCAGUGGAUUGUGCUGGAGAAUUGCCAGUGAAGAUUCAGACAGGUCUUCCUGUGAAAGUGACGCUAGAAAGUGCUUCUACAUCUGAAACUGAAGAUACAGAAGAUUCAGAGGAUGUUAUCCAGCAGCCUAAUUUGGCAAAAUCAUUAGAUAAGACUGAUGUAGCGCAGUAUCAGCAGUUAGAGUUGGAGCUGGAAGAAUGCAUGGAAAAACUAAAGGAAGAACAGAAAGCUAGAGUAAAGGCUGAGGAACGAUUACUAGAGCUGGAAAUUGAAAAUGCAAGAUUAAGGAGUCUAAAUAUCUCCCUAUCCGAGGUUCUUCAUGCACAGUCAGUAACCAGCAUGAUUUUGGAAGAUGAAGGUGUUCUAGGCAGCAUUGAGAACUCUUUUCAAAAGUUUCAUGCUUUUUUAGACCUCCUUAAAGAUGCUGGGCUUGGACAACUUGCUGUAUUAGCUGGGAUCGACCAAUCAGAUUUUGGUCUUUUGGGGCAUCCACAAAUGAAUUCUGCUCUUGGUAAACCUGUGAACAUGGUAAAGGAGAAGUCUUUUGAAGAAGAAAGACAGGAACAUACCCAGAAUAGCAAAUUGCCUCAGUUUCUUCAUUGGAAUCUUUUGUUUCAGAACAGAGCUGGGGACAUCCAACUUCCUCUUCCUGGCACAUUUCAAUCCCAGAUGGUUGUGAAUAAUGCCUUUUCAUCACUUAGAGAAAUUAGAGAACUUCAGGCUGCUGGACAGCACUAUCAGCCAGGUUCGUGGAAGGAAAAUGAAGCUCAAACAAUUAACCAAAAUAAAGAGGAUAAGCCUCAAAGUAGUACUCCAAUACUAUCUGAGAGGAGAGUGAAACAAAAUGAACAAGCAAAAGGACGUCACUCAACAAGGCAGUUGGCUACCAGUCUGCAUUCAUUUACUGAUUCCAGUGUACAAAGCAAAAAUGAUGAUAGCAGAAUAUCCAGUGGUAUUCCUGGUGAAAAAAACAAAAAUUAUUCCUCUAAGAAAUACAUCUCUGUAGCAAAUGAAACAGCAACUCCAAGUAACGGAGUGAGAGGAGACAAAAGUAGACUACAGGUAGUAAAUAUUAGCUCUGGAACUGAUACUGUAGGAUCUGGUUCUGAAAUACAGGAAAGUAUACAAAGUGUUACCAGCAUUUGAAAUUAUUCUAAAAUGUUUGAACUGUUCUUUACACUUGCAAGAUUAGAUUUAGGAUGUCUCAAUAUAAUUAGUAAAUUUUUUGUAAAGUUUUGUAGACUUCAUGACUUUUUAAAACAUUGCAUACUGCUCAGUAUUCCUGUUUCAUGUUUGCAUUCUUUGUCACUAGAUUUUUAGUUUUGAAAACAUGUGAUAAACCUUAAAUGGUACCCAUUUGGAGUUUGGAGACUCUUGACCUGUGCAUUUCAUUAUUUUGAAAUUUUGACAGAUUUUUGAGCUAAUAAAGCUAAUUUGAGUAAAGUU